CACCACAGCACACAGUGCACAACAACAAAAUGUGUCCUCUGCAUUUAACCCAUAUGUGACAGAACAGGGAACAGAUAAUUCAGCACCCAGGGAGCAAUGCUUGGGGGCGGUACCUUGCGCAGGAUACCUUAGUGGUGCCUUGGUCAGGGAUUCGAACCUGUGAUCUUUCAAUUACAAAUGCACUUCCCUAACUAUCAAGCCACCAAUGCCCACUACUCUGAAAGUAACAUCGAUGUUUGAAAUAACGGUGAAUGCCGAGGAUACAGAAACCUUUGACAUCAUGUCCUGGUUAUUAGUGGAACCAAAGUAAUACCAUGGAAUAGAAAAUUGGUACCUCAUUUGUCCCCGUGGGGGAAAUUGGUUAGUUUUUGCAUAUCCCAUAAGUUUUGGGGUCUUAAAGGAGGGACAGCCAGCAUUCACAACUCCUAAAGCAGUUGGAGCUACAGGUCUAACCCAAGGGUCUAAUGGUGACAUGAUUACUCUACUAGCCAGGGGAUUUGAACCCACGGCCUUCUGGAUACAAGCACAGAGCAUGAACCCACUGAGCUACCCACUGUCUGAAGGGUUCUGCCCGGAGACAGGAACUGCUCUGUGCUGUCCUUAUCAACAGCCAUGGGAGUUCUACUUAAAUGGUCCUCCUGGGAAUGGAGGGUGGCCUUUGUACCCAGAUGGCACUACACCACCAGGACAGCCACCACAUCCUCUUUGUGAAGCCAUGGCUGCAUAAAGCGCUUCUUCUCUCCUUCUCCCAUUGGCAGAGAGUGUAGCAGGUGUCAAGUUUCAUGACAGGCAGAGUCUAAAAGGGUCCAUUACCCUCUCCAUAGCCCACCUGCCAUCACAUUAAAACUUAAUAAUAAAAAAAAACCAUUAAGACCGGAAAAAUUGGCCAGGAAGUGAGACUAAUGAGAAGCUUUCUCCAGACUUGCUUGUGCUUAGCGCUCAUCUCAGCUGAAUUAAAAACUUGAUAUGUUUUCAUUGUUGCUCCCGGCCCCUCGAUUAGCCUCACAGGAAGGAAGCGCAAGGUUUCCCUCUGGAUUUGGAUGAUAAGCUGUUGUACGCUGAGUGUGGGUUCAAUUAAAGAUACGCUCUAUUUAAGUUUUUAAAUACAGCCUCUCUAAUUCAUUCAGCUCAUUUUUAAAGUUAGUUUUGCAUGCUUGAAAUGCAUCUUAUCAUCCGUCCUGAGAUGCAAACUGACGAAUGAGUGAUCUAAUCAUUUCGCCGCACGUAUUUGCUCAGUGUAGGACAAUGAGCCAUGCUAGCUUUCCAGAGUCAGGCAUGGACAACAGAAAGGAUGCUUUUUUUUAACAGGUUGCCCAACUCUCUCAGUGGAUGUUAUUGGCCAGCGGCUUUGCACUUUCACCCUCUCAGCUAUCUUUAUGAGUUCCCUUGCAUGUCUUUAUGACUCCUCCUGCAUCUUUCCCUCCCUUCCCCUCUAUCUCCCUGAUACAGAGCAAGCAGGCACCAAAAAGCACACACACACACACACACACACACACAGGCGUCUUUUAUUACCAUCCUCCACUGAGGAUAAGGAGCGAGUGAGUGAGGGAGGGAGGGAACGAGAGAGGAGCGAGAGAGAGAGAGAGAGAGAGAGAGAGAGUGAGUGUACAGAGUUCCCUCAGCUGUUUCCAGGAGGCCGCGGCAGGCAUGGCGUCGGAACCGAGCGCCCAGCCCAGGGUGGUGUUCCAGACCACGGACAAAGAGGAAGAGGAGCCCCCCCACCGCAAGCUGGGCAAGCUGACGGUGAAGUACAAUCGCAAGGACCUGCAGAGACGGCUGGAUAUCGAGGAGUGGAUCGACGGGCAAUUGCACCUGCUCUACGACUGUGAGGAGGAGGAAAUUCCAGAGCUGGAAAUCGACAUAGACGAGCUGCUGGACCUCCCCGACGCGCAGCAGAGAUCGAAGCUGCACGAGCUCCUACAAGAAUGUGGCAAGCCGAAGGAGGACUUUAUCAACGGCCUGCUGUACCGGAUGAAGGGUCUCCGGAAGAUGUCCUUAAAGAAAUGAUUCUUUAAGGACAAGCUCGACACAAUGUGAAGACCCGGUGCCCCACUGCUCCCCCCAUCCCGAAUGUCUGUCUGUACGGUCUGUGUUAACAGGACUAACGUGGGCGGUUGCAGUCUUCAUGGACAAACUCCUGCUUUGGAUUGCCUUCUGAUCAUCAUUUAUGGACAGUCUCAUGUUUUGAAAUUAGGUAGGAUUUAUGCCUUGCCCCUUUGUCUGUGAAUCAAAAAACAUAAGGUCUCAUCUUUUGAUGUAUCCGUAUGUCAUUUUGUGACUAGUGUAUGAAUGCAAUGUUUCCUAUUUAUAUAGAUAUUUUUUGUUCUGGAUUACAGUGUUUUGUGUAUAUUGUGUUAAUAAAAGGAAUGGUUUCUAGUUGUAAA